GAAGUUCUGUAUUUACUCUGUUUAAUGAACAAACAUUUCAUUCUACCUUUUAGUCUGUAGGAGACGGCAUAUUCAAUUAUAGUUAAGGCAGUUCUACAGUGUUAGUGAAAGUAACGUGUAAUAAUGGCGAUGGAAAACCAGCAAGACCUAUUUCAUUUUCAUUUCAGUGUAACACCAAAUAUUGUACUAAAUAGAAAUGAUAACAGGGAUAUUGGAAUGUACAUAGAAAACGCAGAAAAUGUGACCCACACUGUUGAGCAACCGAACGUAUCACACGCAACGUCACCGUUACAACACGACAGUAGUAACCCACAAGCACACGUGACCCACACGGUUGACCAACCAAGCGUAUCGCAAGCUACGUCAUCAUUACAAGAUAUGAAAUUCAACCAACAAGGAUCACGUGGUGCAGUGACGUCACGAAAACCAACGAUUGAAGAGAUUUUUGGUUCAGAUGACGGUCGAUUGCUGCAAGAAAAAAAGUAUUAUGAAGCUUAUGGCGUAUCAAAAAAUCGAAUUCAGUUCGACCCAGCUGUCAUUGGAUCUAAGGACCUGGUCAACCAUUACCGAUGUUGUAUGUUGGCUGAAAAGGGACAAGAAGCGAUUCGAAUUAAAGAACAACUAAAGAAUUUGUUUAAAGAGAAAUUCCAAACCACGCCGAAUGAAAUCGCCACAUUUGCUGACACUAUCAGGGGUGAAGGGAGAGACAUGGAAUCGAUUUUGUUUGAUCAAAUCGGUGCCGAGUUUUAUGGAAAUCAACCGAAAGCAGGUUUGGUCGGGAUAGUGUAUUGUGCAUUCGGGAUCAGAAAAUCUAUCGAGGCAAUGUUAUCACGUGACAAAGAAUUGAAACCGAUCGUUCGAACCCACGUGAUUCCACUGAUGCGUGACAUGCGAGAAAUGAUUCGGCGAUCUGAUGACGUCAGUGAGGAAGAUCGGUGUUUGCAAGAAGUGUGGUGUUUGAAUUAUAUCGGAUACACUGAGGGCUUGGUUAGUGAUUCCAGUGGUUGCGAAAGAACAUUGAAAGAAGCGAUCGCUAUAAUGAAAAGAGUGUUUGGGAAGAAAGCUGCAAAGUAUGCAGUGUACGGAAAUUGUUUGAACAGUCUCGGUGACACCUAUAGAAACACUUCCCGACCCAACGAUGCCUACCAGUGUUACCGUAGAGCAAUUGCAGCUUAUGAGAAAUCUGAGGAUAUCAACGAUGAUCAGAGAGCAAGAUGGAUUGGCGUAACCAAAGAACGCAUAAAAGAUGCGAAAAGUAAAUGAAAUAACUCGUGAUAUUUGUCACAAUGGACGUUGUUACAUAACCAACAUUUGAUAAUAUGAUUCAUUGUGUGUAUAUAAUAUAUAUUGUUUGACAAUU